GGUGUACAAAAGCAGCAGUAGCAUCCCAGUUUUUAAUGAGCACUUCCAAAAACCGGUUCCCAGCGUGUGUGGAAAAUAUUCGAAUAAGAGAUGAUGAUCUUUAACAACUUCGUACUGUUGCUGCUCAUCGCCUGCAUCGCCCUGCAGGUCUUCGUGGUGGAGAGUGAGAAGGGACAGGGGAAGAAGGGAAAGGGAGAGGGCAAAGGCAAGGGGGCAGGGAACAGGGAGGCGACGCCGGAGAACCACCCCGUGGCACCCCGGGGUAGCGACAAGGGUCAGAAGACCCGAGGAGGAAAGGAAGCCUUCAAGGGUAAAUUUUCCACGAAAGAUAAGAAGCAGUGCACCUGGGCGGCAAACGGCGAGGACAAAUUCACGCUUGGAGUCACAUGCAAAAAAGGAGAGGAGAGUUUUAACUGCGAGUACACAGCCACACCUGCCAGAUGUCCCCAGUACGCGUCCAACGUCAAGAUGUACUGGAAGCAGAUCGCCCGUGCCCUGAAAAAACAGAAGACUUUGUGCCAGGAUGCGAAUGCCAUUAUUAAAACGGGCGUCUGCAAGAAAGCCGCCAAGGACGCGCAUUUCAGACUAAACCUCGCACCGCCACAGACAGUGACUGAGACCGCGAUUAUGUCCUCAAAGGGAAACAAGUCGUGCACGGAGGACGUGGACAAUGAAAAACGGGCAGAAGAAUACUGCAACGGCUCAUGGUCAUCCUUGUGUACUUUCUUCUUCUCAAUGGUACAAAACGGGGAUUGCUGAGUACCUAACGCACCUAGUGUGGUUAAAACCCUUCACUUCAAGCUCUAUGUCUUUCUAGCGUCCGAAUGUACAAAAAGCAAGGGAUUUUCCCGACGAUUAUUAACAUAUUUUAAAAAGCAAAUAUAUAAUGCACUGAUUUGAUCUCUUUUUUCACGAGCUGUUUGCUUUAAUUUUGCUUAUACAUUUGUAUUUAUAAGUUUUAAAGAUGCUAAAUAAAUAUUUUUAUGUAUU